AUGAGAAUAGUGUUGGCGCUGUUACUUUUUACGAGUGCACUUGCAGCUCAAUCCACUCACUUUUACGUUCUGAAAUAUUACGAGACAGAGAACAAUCUUUCUCUUUUGGAGACUGAAAUGAAGAGACUCGAAGAUAUCGAAAGACAUUGGCAUGACGUCAUUGACCAUUUGAAUCUUGACGCUACUGUUGCUGUUGGGGCUGAUAUUCCAAAGAUCAAAGCAAAAAUUGUGAAGGUCGAGUCACAACUCAAUACCCUUGUGAGGAGAAAGGCUAAAAUUUUAUCAACUAUGAAGGUCUAUUUGGAGAGCGUUCCUGUCGAUGUCAGAAAUAACAUCGUUGCUAAUUUGAAACUCGAUAGAAGAUUCACAAAUGCCGAUCAGGCCCUUGACGCUGUUAAAAACGUUCAACAAGCCGUUGCUUCGACGUCCACUGCUACUUCAACCACCGAUAAAAAGGCGAAAAAAUCAGCAAAAGAGGCUAAAAAGGCUGCUAAAGCCGCGAUUAAAGCUGUAAAGAAGGAAGAAAAGAAUCUUAAGAAGGAGGCUGCUGAAGCAAAAGCCGCAGAAAAGAAAGCAAUUGAGGAGGUCAAGAAACUUAUUUUGAAGGCAAAGGCCCAAACUAAGAAGGCUGUUAAGAAAGCCGAGAAAAAGGCCCAAAAAGCCGCCGCCAAGGCUAAGAAGGAAGCAGCUAAAGUCGUAAAGGCUGCUAAGAAGGAAGCUAAGACUUUAGCUAAAGAAUCUAAACAAGCUGCCAAAGACGCAAAGGCUGAGGUCAAGAAGCAAAAGGACAAGAUCAAGAAGGACAACAAGAAGGUAGAGAAGAAGAUGAAACAAGUCAAGAAGGACAUGAAGGCUGAGAACAAGAAGAGCAUCAAGAAGGCUGCAUCCAAGGCCAAGACUGUUGCCAAGAAACAAGCUGGAAAGGCUGAGAAGAAGAUGGCGAAGGAUGUCAAGAAGGCUGAGAAGAAAUUGAAGGCAUCAGAAAAGAAGACUGCCAAAGACUUGAAGGCAAAGGUCAAAUCUGCAGAGAAGAAAUCUGCUGAAGCCAAGAAAUCUGCUAAGAAAUCAGGAAAGAAGGCAGAGAAGUCCGCGAAGAAGGCAGCUAAAGAUGCCAAGAAGGAUAUGAAGAAACAAGAAAAGAAGGCAGAAAAGGUUGCCAAAUCAGCAAAGAAGGCAGCUAAAAGUGCAGCGAAGGAUGCCAAGAAGCAAGUGAAGAAAGCAGAGAAGAAGGUUUCUUCAACUAAGAAGGGACUUAAGAAACAACUCAAGAAGACAGAGAAGGCGACUAAGAAGGUCAAAGAAGCAGAGAAGAAACAAAAGAGCCAAUUGAAGAAGAUGAAGAAAGACGUCAAGAAGGGUAAGAAAUCAGCAAAGGAUCUUAAGAAGUUGAAAUCAACAGUCAAAUCGACAAAGAAGGCAGAAAAGAAAUUGGAGAAGAAGGAAAAACAACUGAAGAAAGACUUGAAGAAGAAGAUUGCUAAGAACGCAACAAAGGCAAAGAAAGAAGCCAAAAAACAAGCAAAGAAGGCAGCAGGAAAGGCGGAAAAGAAGGCCGAGAAGAAAUCAAUCAAGGCAGCUAAGAAAUACACAAAGAAGCAGACCAAGAAAGUUGAGAAAAAGGAGGAAAAGAAGAUCAAAAAGGCACAGAAGAAGUUGAACAAGAAGGUCAAGAAGGUCCAAAAACAAGAAAAGAAGGACAAGAAGAAACUCGAGAAGAAAGAAAAGAAGAACGCAGAAAAGGCUAAGAAGGCAACACAAAAGGCACUCACAAAAGCAAAGAAGGAGGCCAAGAAACAAGCAAAGAAGGCAGAGAAGAAAUUGAAAAAGAACAUCAAAAAGACUGUUAAAGUUGUGAAGACUUCAACCAAGAAAGUAACUAAGAAGAAUACUCAGAAAAAGAUUAAGAAGAGUGCGAAGAAAAUGAACAAGAAGAUGAACAAGAAAUUCAACAAAAAGUUGACAGCCAAGUUUGGAAAGAAGAAUGCUAAGAAGGCCCUUGCCAACAUCAAGAGAGCUGAAAAGAAAGCUCUUAAACAAGCCAAGAAACAAGGACUUAAUAAGAAACAGACAAAGGCUCUUGUAAAGAAGGCAGCUAAGGCUCAAUAUAAAAAGAUGAAGAAAGAUCUUAAAAAGAAUGUUGCACCAAAAGCCAAGGUUACAAAGCGCAGUUCAUCAUCAAAACAACAGGUCAAACUCGCAAAACGUGGUCUUAAGGCUCAAAAACAAAACUUGAAGCAAAACAAGAAAGAGUUAAAAGAAAUGAAAAACGCAAUGAGAACUGAAAAGAAUAAAUUGGCCGCUUUGCAAAGAAAGGCUUCCCACGCUCAUGGAAACAAGAAGGCUCAACUUAUGAAAAAAAUUCAGAAACAGCAGGGUGUCGUCCGUUCUGCUAAGAAAGAAGUUAAAGAAUUGAAACGUACUGUAAAGACUGAAAAGAAACAAGUCAAACAAGCUAAAAUGCAAGUUAAACAGGCCAAGAAGGUUGCGAAGAAAUAA